GAGCAUCACGAAGGUAUUGGUCUGAGUGAUUCAGAACUGGAAGCUAUCUCCAGACUGAGUGAUAUGAAGCACUUCAAAAGUCUCCUCAAGCCCAUUCUCGUGCCUCGUGUUGUGGGAUCAGAAAAUCAUGCAAAUGUUAGAAAACAUCUUGUAACUACUAUGCGUGAUCUUGGAUGGACAGUUGAAGAAAGUCCGUUUGACGAUAAUACUCCAUUGGGUCGAAAAACUUUCACAAAUGUUAUAGCUACUUUAAACCCAAAUGCACCUCGCCAUUUAAUCUUGGCUUGCCACUAUGAUUCUAAAUUUGACCGUGAGGGCACUUUCAUUGGUGCCAGUGAUUCUGCUGUUCCUUGUGCAAUGAUGCUGAACCUUGCUAAAGUGAUGCAAGUCAGCCUUAAUAAAAACCGUGAAGCUCAGUCUGAUCUGACAUUACAAUUUAUAUUCUUCGAUGGAGAGGAGGCUUUCCGUCAGUGGACAGCAGCAGACUCUCUAUAUGGUGCACGUAAUUUAGCCACAAAGCUAGAAGCUAGACUGUAUCCUCCGGGUAACAGUGAUGGCACCACUUUUCUACAUAAAAUGGACUUGUUUGUUUUGUUAGAUCUCUUGGGGACAAAAGAUGUCCAGUUUUCUAGUUACUAUAGAAAUACUGACCGGUGGUAUGCCCGUCUAGUUUCUUAUGAACGGCGGCUUAGUGAUCUUCAGUUACUUCACCAACGGCCAUUUAUGUUUAAUCAAGGAGGAUAUUAUGGGGCUGGUAUAGCAGAUGAUCACCUUCCCUUUCUUGAGAGAGAUGUUCCAGUGCUGCAUUUGAUUCCUGUCCCCUUCCCUUCAGUCUGGCACAAGAACUCUGACAAUGAAAGAGCACUUCACUAUCCCACUAUUGACAACUUAAACAAAAUUAUACGUGCUUUUGUUGCAGAUUAUCUACAUUUGACCGUCUAGGGAUUCGCCCAGAACACUUCUAUGCACGAUGACCUAUAAAAUAUUUGUUCAGUACUUAAAUAUAUGACACAUUGCCCUGAAAAAACUGCAUUUAAAUUUUUUGCAAUUGAUUUGACUCCUUUGUUUAUAAAUCUUACAAUAUUCCUAUAUUGUAUAAUUCAAAAAAAUACAAUAUGUAAUUUAAUAAAUCAAUUUAUUUGGUUUUGCAGUGUCUCAUAUGGUCAUCAAGGUUGUGUUCUGGAAAGCUUAAGAUUUAGUUUCAGCAGAAAACUUAUUUUCAAGUAUUAGGCUGGUGCUCCUGAAAAAAAAAAAAAAAAAACAUCUAGAGUGGAUGAUGUAUAGUUUAUUUGAUGAUUUUUGGAAUGGAAAGGUAGGAGGGUAAAUAUUCAUGCAUAUUUUUAUAUUGUAUUGUACAUAAAAAAAAUUCUCGUCUCUUGCUCUCCUCUGUGUCUGUGGCCUAUUGGUGUUUGAAAUUCCUUUAAGAAAAUUAUUUUCAUUCCACUUGGUAUAAGAUUCACAGUUGUACUGUAAUAAAGAUUUUUAAUGUA